AUGGAACCUUCACAAAUUUUUGGAGUUUCAGAAGAAUGUCACAGCAGUGAAUCUGGUUGGACUAUGUAUAUUGGAUCUCCUGUUAAUGGUUCAAGUGAUGCAGCUUCUGAUGAUGAUGAAGAUGAAGAACAUAAAAGCUAUUAUUAUGCAACAAAUAACCAAGAUGACAGUGAUGAUGAUUCCAUGGCUUCUGAUGCUUCUUCAGGUCCAAAUCAUCAUCAACAAGGUAAUUCAUUUAAAGGGAUGAAAAGUCCCAAUGGGGAGAUGAAUUUUUGCUUAGAAACCAAAACCAAGAAGCCAUUAAUGGAAAAGAAGAAGCAAAGGGCUGAGAAAAAAGAAGUCAAAGUUGGACAAAAGCCUAAAAGUUCAGUUCAAAGCAGUUCAAAGGUAAGAAAAAGCAUCUUGAUGGGUAAAAGAAACUAG